UAAGAUAGCAACGUAGUAGCUAAGGAUAUUAGUAUAAACAAUGGCCACUCCCACCACUUCCUUCCUUAGGUUUCUCUUCUUUAGCGUUCUUGUUUUUCUUUGCACUCUGGACAACCUGGGAUUUGCCCUUCAACCAAGAGAGUUGGAAAGCGAACAUCUUACUCAUAUGCAUACCCUUAAUGUCAACUCUCUAAUACCGUCAACUACUUGCAGCCCUUCUACCAAAGGUUCUAAUAAAAGGGCAUCCUUAACAGUGGUAGACAAACAUGGCCCAUGCUCUCAACUCAACCAAGACAAAAUUAAAGCACCCACUAUGACUGAAAUCCUCGAACAAGACCAAUCCAGGGUCAAUUCAAUUCACGCCAGGCUCUCAAAAACGCUGGGUCUUAAUGGUUUACGUGCACCAAAGGCCACUACCAUCCCUGCCAAGUCUGGUAGCACCAUUGGCUCGGGCAACUACGUUGUGACCAUUGGCCUUGGCACUCCAAAAAGGGACUUAACACUCAUAUUUGAUACUGGUAGCGACAUUACUUGGACUCAAUGCCGACCUUGCUCAAAAUCUUGCUACCAACAAAAGGAACCAACCUUUGAUCCAUCUAAAUCAUCGACUUAUUCAAAUAUUUCGUGUAGUUCAUCUGUGUGCUCCCAACUCUCUUCUGCCACAGGAUACUCGCCACGUUGCAGUUCCUCGACAUGUGUAUACAGCAUACAAUACGGCGAUAAAUCAUUUUCUACGGGAUUUUUCGGCAAAGAGAAGCUAACCUUAACAUCAUCAGAUGUGUUCAAAAAUUUCUUAUUCGGCUGUGGCAAAAAAAACCAAGGUCUCUUUGGUGGUGCAGCAGGAUUACUUGGUCUCGGUCGCGACCCACUUUCCUUAAUCCAACAAACCGCAACAAAAUACAACCGUGUCUUCUCUUAUUGCCUUCCUUCAACUUCUAGCGCUACUGGUCACCUCACGUUUGGAAAAACUGCUAGUUCUUCAAGUGCCAUUAAAUUCACUCCCUUGUCGAAACUCACUGAAAAUACCUCAUUUUACGGCCUCAACACACUCGGGAUCACUGUAGGUGGAAAGAAGUUAUCGAUUGCAACCUCAGUUUUUUCGAAUGCAGGCACCGUUAUCGAUUCUGGGACUGUCAUAACACGUUUGCCGCAGGAUGCUUAUAGCGCCUUGAAGGCGGCGUUUAAGGCUAAAAUGAAGAGUUACCCUUUGACAAGUGGGUUUUCGUUGCUUGAUACAUGUUAUGAUCUUAGCAAAUACAAGACAGUUUCGAUUCCAAAGAUAAGCUUUUUGUUUAGUGGUAAUGUGAAGGUGGAUUUGGAUGUGUCGGGGAUACUUCUCGCUCAAAAAAUCUCCCAGGUUUGUUUGGCUUUUGCUGGAAACAGUGAUAAUGAUUCUAUUGGGAUUUUUGGGAAUGUGCAGCAAAGAAGGUUGGAGGUGGUGUAUGAUGUUGCAGGAGGGAAAGUUGGGUUUGGUCCUGCUGGUUGUACCUGAAAUGGUUUUGUGAUCAAAUAGUCAUGUAAUAUUAAACCACUGAUAAAGAUCCGUGGAAAUUUUAAUUGCCAUAGCAAAAUAGAUUGGCAAUGGUUAAUAUUAGUGACUUAAUUACGCACGUGUAUCUAAAUAAAACCAUGUUUGCAAGUUCUGUAUAACAAGGGUUACUUUGUUACGGAUUUUGGGUUUAAUAUACACUUUAUAAACCAUAUGUUGAUAAAAUUUGUAAUGUUGUAAUUUUCAAUUAUGUUUUGUUGGCAUUAAUUCAGUGUCAAAUUUGAUUGUAUUU